AAAGCUGCUGUGUGUCUGAGCAUCAGGGAGAACACAAGAACACCCAUCCUGAAAGAAAACACCGGGAAGGAAACGCGAACAGAGGGGAAAGGGAAGAAUCUCAUAAGACAUGCAGACAAGCGAGAUGAACGUUUUACUAGCUGUGUUUUGCCUGGUGAACAUCCUCCAGCUCUGUCAUGGAGUAUCCAGCAGUGGAGAAUGCUACUUCAACGCCAAAGCCAGCUGUGAACACAAAGGCCGUGUUUUCGACAUCGGCGAGGCCUGGUUAAAUGACGAAUGUUUUCAGUGUGUGUGCUUCGAGCCUUUUGGAGUGGGCUGCUGUGAACUUGGAAGGCAGCCAGUCGAUUACCCGCCCUGGUGCGAGGCCGUUAGAAAACCAGAUUCCUGCACUGUUGCUGUGGUGAUGAAGGCCAACCAUAAACUUCCCUGUCUAUUUGGGGGGAAGAACCGCUUGCGAGCGGGAGAAGGACCGCUGUGGAAAUCAGAAAACGACCCACUCUACUAG